AUGUUAGCCACUCCAAUACUACUGCUUUUUACAACUUCCCUGGUCCAUGGGGCCUCCUAUCAUCCUCCUGUGAGCCCUGGCUAUGGCCAAUGGGCAGCAGCCUACGAUAAGGCCCGUCGCUUUGUGUGCCAUUUGACGCUCACGGAGAGGGUCAACCUUACUACGGGAGUAGGUACUGGACAGACAGUCGGUUACUCCACUGGAAUCAUUCCACGUCUCAAUUUCCGAGGCCUGGCUGGCGAUGAUGGUCCAACUGGUGUUCGAGGAGCCGACUACUCAUCGGCCUUUGCAGCCGGCUUGAACCUCGCCAUGUCAUGGGAUCGAGAAUUGAUAUAUACGCAGUCCUAUGCCAACGGCGCUGAGCACAAGGCUAAGGGAGACAACAGUGUAAUGGCGCCCGUUGUCGGUCCCCUGGGCCGAGCACCGGAAGGUGGACGGAAUUUUGAGGGUUUCUCGCCCGAUCCUUAUCUGUCCGGGAUUGCUUUUGGCGAAGCUGUUGCAGGCAUGCAAGCAUCCGGUGCUAUUGCAGUGGGCAAACACUUUAUUCUGUAUGAGCAAGAACACUUUCGCGAGGUUGUCGAGUGGAACGACUGGCACGCUGGUCCCAAUAUCACGGAACCCUACUCGUCCAACUGUGACGAUCGCACGUUCCACGAGCUGUAUCUCUUCCCCUGGUACGAUGGUGUGAAGAACGGACUGGCCGGUGUGAUGUGCUCGUACAACCAGGUUAACAACACCCAGGUGUGCCAGAGUGAUCAUCUCCUCAACGAUAUCCUUAAGGGUGAACUGGGUUUCCAGGGAUAUGUCACCUCAGACGACGGCUCGCAGCAUUCAGGCGUCGACUCAGCUCUUGGUGGUAUGGAUAUGACCGGUCCGGGCGAGACAUCUCCGAACGGUGUCUCGGGACUGGGAGUGUCCUUCUGGGGCCCCAAUUUGACGUUGUCCGUUUUGAACGGCAGUGUGCCCGAAUGGCGGCUGGACGACAUGGUGACCCGCAUUAUGGCUUCAUAUUAUUAUCUUGGCCAGGAUGAGAACUAUCCAGAACUGAAUUUUGCUUCUGGUGACUUUGACACCUACGGUUAUGAAUAUCCUAAGGCAGAGCUCGACUGGCAGAAGAUCAACGACCAUCGCGAUGUGCGCAAGAAUCAUAGCGCGAUCAUCCGUAAAGUUGGUUCCAACUCGGCUGUGCUGCUGAAGAACAUAAACAACACUUUGCCUCUUAAGAGCCCGAAGCAGAUCGCAGUCAUUGGCGAGGAUGCUGGUCCUAAUAAGUACGGUCCCAAUGGCUGCCCGGAUCGCGCCUGCGAUCUUGGCACGGUGGCCAUGGGCUGGGGAAGUGGCAGCACCAACUUUCCUUAUCUGGUUGACCCUCUUUCAGCCAUCCAGCAACGUGCACUGGCAGACAACACUGUCGUGCAGUAUGUCCUGGAUAACUGGGCCAAAGAUCAAAUUGACCUGGUGUCCUCGCAAGCUAGCGUGUGUCUGACAUUCAUCAACGCAAUCAGCGGCGAGGGCUACCUUGAAGUCGAUGCGAACUAUGGGGACCGCAACAAUCUGACAGCCUGGAAGGAUGGAGAUAACUUGGUCAAGCAGGUUGCGGCCAACUGCACCCAGACCGUAGUUGUGGUUCACGCACCCGGGCCAAUACUCAUGGAAGAAUGGAUCGAAAAUCCGAACGUCACUGCUGUGCUCUUCGCAGGAUUUCCAGGUCAGGAGAGUGGCAACUCCAUUGCUGAUGUUUUGUAUGGCGACGUCAACCCUUCUGGCAAGCUUCCGUGGACAGUGGGCAAGCGUCGCAAGGAAUACGGCACAGAUGUUCUUUAUGAGCCAAACGGCCUUGUACCGCAGCUGGACUUCAACGAGGGUCUGUUUAUUGACUACCGCUACUUUGACAAGCAUAAUAUCGAGCCUCGUUUUGAAUUCGGGUUUGGUCUCAGCUACACCACAUUUGCAUACAGCCAUUUACGCAUUGAGUCUGUGCCUGUGAAGGCCACUCCUCUGCCAUCUUCUCCUGCGCCAAGCACAGCAGAUCCAACAAUUUGUCCUAGCUCCAGUCUUAAUCCGUCAGACUACACCUUCCCCAGUACCAUCAGCUCGCUCACGGACUACAUCUAUCCUUACCUUGCUCCGAGCAUGACGGUGACUACCAGUCUUACGACGCCAACUGUCCCCGUGGUCCGACGAACCCCUCAAGCUCAGGGAGGCGAUCCGUCACUGUAUGAUAUUUUGUACAAGGUGCGCGUGAAUAUUAAGAAUACAGGCAAGGUAGCUGGCCAGGAGGUAUCCCAGCUCUACCUUGAUCUGGGCAAUGGAGAGCCAAAGCGACAGCUACGAGGGUUCCAAAAGACAAUGAUCCAGCCGGGCCACAGACGAGACGUAACUUUCGAGUUGCGUCGACGUGAUAUCUCAAUUUGGGAUGUUGUUCAGCAGAAAUGGGUCGAGGUCACUAAAUUGGGCACGAGUGUCAAGGUGUUUGUUGGUGCGAGCUCAAGAGAUCUGCAGUUGCAGGGUGUGCUUCCGGCGAGAUAA